GAUUUCUAUAACUGAACUUUUUAUUACUACGUUGUUAGUUGUUAACGAGUUAUACUUAUCCUGGAUGGCAGCAGGGCCAGCUGGUUACAACUUUUUGGUUUCGUUUCCAGAACACCAUCGCAUGAGUGGUUCUGUCGUUGUUUCUACGAGUUAUUGAACGCGUCAUGUCCGCAGCAAAUAGAAAACGUGGGCUAAUUGUUUGCUGGCAAGAAAACGCAAUGUUGUAAUCAUGAUUACAUUCACACAGCAUCAAAACGUGGCUCUCGAAUGAGCAAUAAAUGCACGGCGUACUCGGAUAUGCAUACCUGAUCAGCAAUAAGCUAUACAUUGCGACAAGCUAUGUAUGCCUAUUAUGGUACUAGUAACUGCUGUCUAUUAUAGUAUUAUCGUGGAUAAAUAUUUGUUAGGACAUAUAAGAAUUAUUCGAGAAGGCGGUAAAUCGGCUGAGUAAUGGACUGACUGGCAAAUCUAUGCGACGUGCGUUUAUUAUUAUCGGUCCCAGUCGCAAGGCUGGCGGAGUAUACAGAGCACGAUUGCUAAAUGUAAUAUAUAUAUAUACAUACACACUAACUAGAAAGAAAAAAAGAAAAAAAAAGCUUUGUGACCCGGACGUGAUUCGAACACGCAACCUUCUGAUCUGGAGUCAGACGCGCUACCGUUGCGCCACCGAGUCCUAUGGUGCAUGCGUUUGUUAAGCACAUAUUUAUAAAAAACGCAAUACCAGCUUUUGUUUUGACAGAUUUAUCGAAAUUUAUUUAUUUGCAGGAAUUCUGGAGAAUCCCUACGAAGCGAAAAUGUCGGUGGCGGCUGUGCAAAUCGCUCAGCAGCAACUGCUGCGGCAGACAUUUCCGCGACUUCGGCGGCCACGAAGUCAGGAUUCAGUACCAGCAUACUGUAACGGUACACUUUUCUUGCGAAGUAAGCCUGCAAUUAGAUAGUAAGCAGUCAGUGUGUUUCAGGGUCUCCACUACACUAUAGUCUCCACAUUAGCCAUGGAGGAAGGAAACUGAGGAGAGGCCCUACCUCCUACACGAGCUAGGAGAAAAGUGUGGAGAAAAUGACGUGAUGGCGAUGGCGAUCAGGGUCAGAGCGUGCGCCACGGUUGUGAACGAAGACCACCACAUGUACGCCAGCAUCGGGACGCGCGAAUUCUGCCGCCACCAGGGUGCGCCCGGGAGUGAUGCGGGAGGAAAAGAACAAUCGAGGCACCGAAUUUCCAACGCCUUGUUGCUGCUCAUCCUCUUCUUCAUCGUCGUCAACCCCGAAGAAGCGACCGUCUACAUUAAGCUCAGCAUCGUCCACACCACCUUGAAAGAGGUAUCACUGCUGCCCAUACCGUACGUAAUCACGACAACGCUGAGCAUCAUGGUAGACCUGCUUCUUCUCAUCGGAAUCGAAGAUAACUGUCGAGAGGUGCUGCAAGUCUACAUCGGCUGGAGUUCGGCGUGCACGGCGUUUGAGUCCGUCUCAUGGAUUGGCCUCGUGGCUUGGAAGGCAAACAGCGAAAACCUCGGUUUCUUCAAAACGCCGUCGAUCAUUCUCAUCGGUGUAGUACUCUUCAAGGUGUACACGGUGCGGCACCUUAGAGACUACCUGAGAGUUCUGAAGGACGCCCAGCCCAUCACACGGGCUCCCAGCUAGCCGCAAAAGAAGAAAAGUCCAAUACCCGUGCCCUCAACCACAUGCCUGUCACUACCUGCUUUAUUUUGUUGAAUCACAACAGCAAGUUCUCCAGCACAGCAAAAAUAAAUAUGAAUAAACUAAUCUGAAGCAAAAAUAAAGAAUUGGAUUCUGUG